AUGUCACUGAAGGCGACUGAGCAGCAUCCGUCUGCAGAUAAUGCCUCAAGCAUUUACAGUCGCUCACCGGAAUCUCCGAAAGACAUGUUGAGUUCCAAGCCAAUGAUACUUCCUCCUCAACACGAUCUACCGGAAAUAAAUUCACUGGAUCAUCAGAUUGCACUGGCCCGAGGUUCUACCAUAGCAUUGGAAACUACCCGAACGCGUCUGAAGUGCUCAAAGUCACGAAACCGCCUGUCACUUCAAGAGUUGAAGGAAGAAAGAAUUUGUCAACGGGAUCAACAAGAGAAUGAGAACCAGUUUUAUCGGUCUUGUUUCGAAAAUCUUCUCAAUUUGACAAUGGCGAUUAUUGAUGUUUCCCAAGAGUUGACGUUGCAGUAUCACUUCGAGCCAGAGGCAAGACCGCUUGACAAUGAACGGGUGUUUCAAGCAGUCUGCAAACUUCGUGUUGCUCUUGAGCAAUCCAGAAUUCGAGAAGCCCAGGCUGAGCAGAUUUGGAAACGACAGUGGAAAGUCUCACGAAUUAGUCAUACCACACGCUGGAUCUGA